AUGAAGCAACUCAACCUCGCCAAGAGUUGUCGGUUUACAUAUACCAAGAUAUUUCAUCUGACCUCCACGAGUCAGACAAUGAGUCCACCAGCAGCACGUACACUAAUCUCGGAACAUCCAGACAAAGUCAGAUUACUCGUUUUAGAGACUGACGAAACUCAUCCAGAGACGCAGAAAGAAACUGGCUCUUUUGGCGAUGUCCUCGGCCAGCUACUGAAAAAGGCUGGGGACCAGCACGAACCGACUUUGGGCAUCGAGACGGUGAUGCAGUACGUCGUCGAGUCCGAAGGGGGUAUGACUCCAACACUGGAGGAGAUUGGCGAAGAUAUACACGCUAUACUUAUCACUGGCAGUACCUGGGAUGCCCAUGGUGAUGAUGCCUGGAUACAUAAGUUAAUGAGUCUCAUCAAAGACGUCUGGACGAAGCGGCCUGACAUUCGCCUCGCCGGUAUCUGCUUCGGGCACCAGCUGAUCUGCCGCGUGCUCGGCUCCACCGUCCGACCGGCGCCCAGCGGCGAAUGGGAGCUCGGCCACACGCCCGUGUCCCUCACCGACCUCGGCCGCAGGCUCUUCAACCUCCCCAAUACUGCAGAGAAGGCCAUAAUCCAUGUCCACCAGAUGCAUGUCGACCACGUCGUGGACCCACCGUCGCCCGAGAAGGAGAAGACGGAUCUGUUGCCGGAGGGAACCAAGGUCCACGUCUGGGGCACGUCGGAUCACACCGGCGUGCAGGGCGUGUACAUCCACAAGCGGCUCUUCACGACGCAGGGGCAUAUGGAGUUUGAUGAGAAGCUGGUCAAGCGGCAGCUGGAGAUGCGGGUCGAGAGCGGCAGCGUCAGUAAGGAGGAUGCCGAUGAGGCCGCCGAGCGGGCCGAUUGGGAGCAUGAUGGUUUGGUCGUUGCGAAGGCGGUGUUGAGGUUUUUCCAUGGUGAUGAUGAUAUCUACGAGUAG